AUGAUACCACUGGCGACCGCGAAGUAUGACUGGAUCCUAGCAAUCACCUCCAUCGCCUUUGUUUUCAGUGCCUUCGGAAACGGUGCUAACGAUGUCGCCAACUCGUAUGCCACCUCUGUCGCGGCCCGGACACUCAACAUGGCCACGGCCGGUGUCCUGGCUAUGUUCACCGAGUUCAUCGGCGCAGUAGCCAUGGGCAGCCGAGUCACCGAUACAAUCAAGAACGGCAUCAUCGACAUCGGCCGCUUCGAGGGUAAGCCCGGUGGGCUCAUGUUGGCCAUGGGCUGUGCCGAGAUUGGCAGCGCUACGUGGUUGAUGUUGGCCACUGGAAUGGGCUGGCCUGUCUCGACGACGCAGACGAUCGUCGGUGCCCUCGUUGGUGUUGGUUUUGCGAGCCAGGCUGAUAUCAACUGGGCUUGGACAAAAGGCAGUGUCUCCCAGGUUGCUGCAUCUUGGGGUAUUGCCCCUCUCGUGGCAGGUGGAUUCUCAGCGAUAAUCUUCGGUACUCUCAAGUACAGUGUCCUUGAACGUCAAGAUCCCUUCAAGUGUGGCAUGCGUAUGAUUCCAAUCUACCUUGCCUUCACUGGAGCCAUCCUCGCCCUCUUCAUCACAAUCGAAGCCCCUACAGCACCCUCAUUAGAAGAGUUUGGUGCUGGCAAGGCAGCCGGUAUCAUCGUUGGUGUGUUCGUCGGCUGUCUCAUCAUUGCCUAUGUCUUCUUCAUGCCAUAUUUCACCCGCCGUCUCAUCCAAAAAGAUACCCGCAUCAGGUUCUAUCACCUCCCUCUAGGCCCCUUGCUGCUGAGGGAAAACCCACCCCUAUACUUCCCAGGAAAGGGCCACGAGGUCGUGAUAAACUACUAUGAAGAUGCUUACGGCGAAGUGCGAGCCGGCCAAGAAGAUGCAGCCAAGGAAAACGUCACAUCAAAUGCAGACUCUGUCAUGCCCACACCGGAGAUUGCAGCAAUGUCCAAACCGGCACAAGUAGGGGAUGACGAGGAGAAGAUCGCGCCGGAAACCAAGCCACGGAAGAAGCAUCUCGAACCCACUGAACGUUUCAUCGACCCCGUCCGGGAGCUAUCCUGGACAAAUCCCCGGAAGGCCUACGGUUACCUCAAAUACGUUUUCCUUCAGGGCGUGACGCGUGAUGUGGUUUCACACGAUUCGCCCGAGCUGCGCGCAAUCCACGCACGUGCCCACCGGUAUGACGACCGUGUCGAACAUCUUUGGACAUACUGCCAGGUUGUGUCGGCUAUGAUGAUGUCGAUUGCACACGGCUCGAAUGAUGUGGCCAACGCUGUUGGGCCCUGGGCUGCCGUGUACAGUACUUACAACGCUGGCGUUGUCGAGACGAAGGCACCCACCCCCAUCUGGUUCUUGGUUAUUGCUGGUCUCCUGCUCGGCAUUGGAUUCUGGUUCUUCGGAUACCAUAUUGUUCGUGCGCUGGGAAACAAGAUCACGCAAAUGUCGCCGACGCGUGGCUUCAGUGUUGAGCUUGGAGCAGCUAUCGCAGUGCUUUUGGCCUCAAGACUUGGCCUGCCCGUUUCCACGACGCAGUGCUUGACUGGUGCCUCUAUGGGAGUCGCUCUCAUGAACUAUGAUCUUGGCGCCGUCAACUGGAAGCAACUUGGCUUUAUCUUUGGUGGCUGGGUCUUGACUUUGCCUUGUGCGGGAUUGGUUUCGGGACUUUUGUGUCUGAUGGCGCUGAAUGCUCCUCAUCUGUAA